AUGGACUCAGUUAACACAAUGGAUAACAAUGCCUGCAAGGCGAUUCAAGGCAAUGGCGAGAAGGACUUGAAACCCAAAAAAUCAGCCACUACGAAGAAAUGGACACUCAAAGCUUCGGUUGAGGCUCUCAAUUUUGGCGCUCUCUACGGGCUCCUAGACCCAAACGCCCAAGAUGAUGUUGUUGCCGUCCUCGGGCAUUACAAGCUCGCGGAGCUGGAUCUGGUAUACAAUUACAGCUCUGACGGCAAAGGCAGCAGCUUCAAGUUGUCGGGCAAGAUGAUUCUCGAUAAAGUCGCGCUCUCUAUGGCUUACACGUACGACCAGAACGGAUGGUCAGUCGCUGCUUGGCUCACCGCAGAAGCAUUAGGGGGUAAGAAUCUCUUGCUCGGUGACAUUAUUGAUAGCCUUGCUGGGAACAACGGCGAUGAUGUAGAGGAGCUGCCAGACUUCAUUCGCAACCUGCCCAUAAUCAAGGGCUCGGGCGACAAGAUCAUCAACAUCAUCUGCGUGAAGAUGAGCAAGAAAAACUCCAAGCCCGCUGCGGCCAAUGAGAACCGGGAGGACAGCUACAUCUUGUUUGAGGCGUCUGUGAGUCUGGGCAGCUUCCAGGUCAAUUUUGUCCACCACCGCGACCUCUCGCAGAACUCUACGGACCCCCCCAAACGUGUGUUCAGAGUUGCCAUAGGUGAGCUGCCAACGCUCAAGGUAGACACUCUAGGUGAGCUCCCUCAACCGUUUGACGAGAUCGUCUAUCUCUGGGUCCAAGACAAAAAGAGCCAGAAGCAGAUUGGCAAAGAGGUCGGAUUGACAGAGGACGAAGUCAAGCGCAUCAACAAAGGAAUCGAAGGUAGCGACAGUCCGUCUGCAGAUUGGCUCUUCUACAGAGACACUCGUAAGCCUGAGAGCCGAAAGCCUACAGAUGUGGUGUUGGCUGCAGGGUCUCAUUUCAUGGUUCUCGCCAAAAAGGCAAAUGAGAAAACCGCAAUCCUGGACUAUACCCUGGGGCGAAAGAAGAAGCAACAGCAACAAUCUGGCCUGGCAGUACUCGCUGGCCGCGGAGAUGGAGGAGCAAAGGGCGGCAAAGGCAAGUCGGCGAUGGCGGCGUGCAAGAAGGUAAUAGGCGCCAUAUCAAUUAGCAACAUCGGCCUUAGAUUCGAGGACAAUGUUCUCUCUGUCAUCCUGGACGCAACGUUUAGGCUGGGCCCCAUUGGCUUCACCUUCAUUGAGGCCGCUAUUGGCAUUGAUUUGAAGAAUAAGACUCUACGAGACUUGACAAUUGACAACGUCAAGUUCGAUUUAUCCGGCCUGGCCGUUGCGUUCGACCAGCCCCCUAUUCGCAUAGGCGGCAUCUUCGUGCACAAGAAGGCGGGAGGCAUGGAAUAUUUCGCCGGAGGUAUCGUCAUUAGCCUUGAGCCGUAUCAGUUCGUCGCUGGUGGUUUGUAUGGAAAAGUCAAGCUAUCAAAGGAUGGCGGACCGUACGAAACAGCCUUUGUGUUUGCCAAGCUGGUUGGGCCCCUCAUCGAACUCGAGUUCGCCGAAAUCUCCGGCAUCACGGGAGGCUUUGGAUACAACAGUGAGAUCAAGGUCCCAACCGUGGAAACAGUUACCCAAUUCCCGUUCCUCCAAGGAUCUGACAUGAGCGAUGAUUUGCUCACUUAUCUCGGCAAGCUGGUUUCUAUCGACGGUACAGGCUCCUUCACUGUUCGUCAAGGGGCGAUGUGGCUCGCUGCAGGCCUCAGAGUCAGCGCCGUCCAGAUGCUGGACAUUGACGCCGUCUUCGUCGUGGCCUGGAAUCCCAGCAUCACGCUUGGCAUCUUUGGCGUGGGCGUGGCCAACAUCCCCAAGAACAAAGAAUCGCGGACCAUGGCCCACGUUGAGCUGGGCAUUCUGGCGGUUGUCGACUUUGGUGCUGGAGUCUUCAAAGCAGAGAUGCAGCUCGCCCCGAGCUCGUAUAUCUUCGACCCCAGCUGCAGCCUGACAGGUGGCUUUGCUCUAUACUACUGGUUCAACGACAAAGUGCCAGAGCGCAGCGGAGAGUGGGUGUUUACCAUCGGAGGCUAUCACCGCUCUUUCAAACGCCCUGACUACUAUCCCAAUCCACCAAGACUGGGCAUCCAUUGGAAGGUAGGUUCUAACAUCAGCAUCGUGGGAGAAGCAUAUCUCGCCAUCACGCCGAAAUGCUGCAUGGCCGGCGGGCGAUUACAGGCGACUCUGACGGCCGGUCCUCUCAGAGCGUGGUUUGCUGCCUGGGCCGACUUCCUCAUCAACUUCUUGCCUUUCGACUUCUGGGGCCAAGUAGGCGUAAGUGUCGGAAUCAGCUGCAAGGUAGAUCUGCUCAUCACCAGCUUUACCGUUUCAGCGGAAGUUGGGGCUCAGUUGGAUCUGAUGGGCCCGCCGCUGCGUGGUCGUGUCAAGGUCGAUUUCUGGGUUGUGUCCUUUACAGUCAACUUUGGUCCAGACGUCAAGAAAGACAACCCUCCUAAUCUCAAGCAGUUCUACGACAUGGCGCUGGUGUCAGGCAAGCCGGAAAGCCUCGCCGCGUCAUUCAUGUCUGUCGCACAUGCUGGUGCGGCCGCACCAAAUACCGGCAAGGAUUCACCGCACGUCUUUACUUGUCGGGGAGGAUUGGUUCAAGACGACAACAAGGACAAGGCAGCCGCCACCGAAGAGAAGACGGUGUGGAAUGUCAAAGCUGACGAGUUUGUGCUAGCCAUUGAUGUUCGAUUUGCCUUGACCUACGCCAAGGUCAGCCGGCCACAGGAAUUUGGAGAGAAUCCAGAUUUGCCAGAGUGGGAUAAGAACGGGGACUAUCUCCUUUACGCAAAGCCUAUGCAGAUUUCUAGCAACAUUUUGUCAACCUUGACAGUAGAUAUCUUGCCUGUGAAGCCCAAGGCAGAGCUUUUGGCGGAGGAUGACAAGCCGACGGAUGAGAACUGGCGAGUCACGCCAAUCAUAAAAGAAGUGCCCUCGGCGCUUUGGGGAGAAUACAAAGCAUCAGAGAAUCCGCGCGAGACGGGUAAAAACGAUAUUGGCACGCUCCUGGAUGGCAAAAAGGGCACUCUUCCUAGGAUCAUGGGUUUGAAUAUCAAGCCUCCGAAACCGAAGCUUGCCGAUGACGCUAUUGGAACCUUUGACGCAAUUGAGGCCAUGAAGAUGGCUGUGUUUAUCGAAAAGGAAACCCCCGAGUUCAAAGGUCUCAAGCCUGCCGACUCGGCCUUUUACGCUUCUAAAGAAGACGAUCGCUACAACAAAGUCAAGAAGAUCUGGGAUGAGACUCCAGUCGCCCCCCGAGCAGAGAUAGUAGAUAUACUUGGCAAGGGUCUAGGUUGGACUACGUCAUUUACAACAGCAACACCAACUCGCCUGGUCGAAAAUUUGGGGACUCUGCUGAUGGCGCCACCUCAGAUUUCUGUUGCUUGA